ACACUCUUCCGAGCCCUCUCCCUCGCUCUUUCUUUCCUGUCUUGUCUGGGAGGGGGAGCCCAGGCUCCGUGCUUCGCUCAGAUCAAUGCCCUGACCACUCACUUUCUGAUGUUGCACGACGGGAAAUGCUUUGAAUACUUGCGACAUGGCCGCUCACAUUGAUUGCCAAGAUUGACAGCACUUACCGUCGCCUCAAUUUGAUUCUUAAAGGAGGAAGAAGAGAAAUAACAACACAGAUCAUAACACAAAAAGCUCCUCGCAGUUCUGACAGUUGAACUUCUCCGAAAGAACGGGAUUCCCUCCCCAUGGCCCGUCGAAACACCAGAAGUCGUUAGUUUCUUCUCCCUCCUCAUUAUAGCUGUAGUGUUUUUUUUAAAUUUAUUACAAACACCGGAACGGGAUACCGUGUGGACCGCCGUUUGUCUUUUCCAAACGGACAACAUUAAGCCCAGUCGUAAUAGCCUGGAUUCUUCUUGGACAGAACUUUCCCUGGAGGUCGCGCAAACUGACCUUUAAAGAAUGGAUAUGCCAUAAAUUUAAAUAAACCCCUCAUCCCAAACUUGAUCCGCUGAGAGGGACAAUACACAACCUGGACAAAACAAGAUUUCCUUCACCGUUGACAAAAACUGUGCACGCGCUCCCGGACAGGGGAAACUUGACGAAAUAAUUUUCAUGAAUUCAAAAUCAACUAACCAGUGAUCACCGGGUGCUGGGGCUAAAUUCUCUCUGUUUCUCAGAAUAAUGUCUUCCAAGCAAGCCACCUCUCCAUUCGCCCCUGCCACAGACGGAGAGGACGCCAUGUCCUGGGACAAGGAGGAGUGUACGGACCCCCACAGCGCCCCCCAGCUGCCGCUACACAACCUGCUGCACAGCAAAGCGCUUUGUGAGGACCGGCCCGCCAUCAGCAGCAUCCCGCCAGAGACAGAGUGGGACAGCUUAGUGUCAGCCCAGCAACGCAUGGAAUCUGACAGCAAUAAAGUGUGUUCCCUGUACUCCGUACGGAAUAACUCUACCUCGCCACACAAGCCCGAGGAGGGGGCCCGGGAACGCCCCGACCUGCUGACCGGCUCCGCCUUCGGAACGCCGGAACGCCGCAAGGGAAGCCUGGCGGACGUGGUGGACUCCCUCAAGCAGAAGAAGCUGGAGGAGAUGACCAAGACGGAGCAAGACGAAUCCUCAUGUGUGGAGAAGCUUCUGUCCAAGGACUGGAAGGAGAAAAUGGAACGACUGAACACCAGCGAACUACUGGGAGAUAUAAAAGGUACCCCGGAGAGCUUGGCGGAGAAGGAGCGGCAGCUCUCCACCAUGAUCACGCAGCUGAUCAGCCUGCGGGAGCAGCUCCUGGCCGCUCACGACGAGCAGAAGAAGCUGGCCGCCUCGCAGAUGGAGAAGCAGCGGCAGCAGAUGGAGCUGGCCCGCCAGCAGCAGGAGCAGAUCGCAAGACAACAGCAGCAACUUCUGCAGCAACAGCACAGAAUCAACCUUCUCCAGCAGCAGAUUCAGGUCCAGGGUCACGUGCCCCCGCUCAUGAUCCCAAUCUUCCCCCAUGACCAGCGCACUCUGGCCGCCGCUGCCGCUGCUCAGCAGGGCUUCCUGUUUCCUCCAGGAAUCACGUACAAGCCAGGUGAUAACUACCCGGUGCAGUUCAUCCCCUCCACCAUGGCGGCUGCAGCAGCGUCCGGACUCAGCCCUCUCCAGCUACAGCAACUAUACGCCGCCCAACUGGCCAGCAUGCAGGUCUCUCCCGGAGCCAAAAUGGCGUCCCUCCCGCAGCCCUCCAUCUCGCCCACCGGCCUGAAGAGCGAGAAGAGAUGCUCCAGCCCCAUCACUCAAAUCAAGGACGAGGGCACGCAGCCCCUGAACCUCUCCUCCUCCCGGCCCAAGACGGCCGAGCCGCUCAGGUCCCCAGGAUCCCCCACGCACAACCUGUUCCCCGGCAACAAGGCCAGCCCCAACAGCCUGAGCAGCAAGGGCAGCAUUCCCAGCCCCCUGAGGAGCCCUCUGGGCCGCGCGUCCUCCCUGGACAUCCUGUCCAGCCUGAACUCCACGGCGCUGUUCGGGGACCAGGACGCGGUGAUGAAGGCCAUCCAGGAGGCGAGGAAGAUGAGGGAGCAGAUCCAAAGAGAGCAGCUCCAGCAGGGCAUGGACUCCAAGCUCGCUGCCCUGACCGGCAUGGGCCUCAACAACUGCAGGGCUGACAAGGAGAGGCCGGAUUUUGAGAGUUUGAGCCGCCUGGGGAAGCUGGCCGAGGAGGGGAAGGUGGGACACAGGGUGAUCGACCUGACCCGCCCCGAGGACAUGGACGGGGGAGCCAGCACGACCGAGGCGCGCGUCUACAGGGAGGCGCGGGGGAGGAGCAGCAACGAGCCACACAUCAAGCGGCCAAUGAACGCCUUCAUGGUGUGGGCCAAGGACGAGCGGCGGAAGAUCCUGCAGGCCUUCCCUGACAUGCACAACUCCAACAUCAGCAAGAUCCUCGGCUCCCGCUGGAAGUCCAUGACUAACCAGGAGAAGCAGCCGUACUACGAGGAGCAGGCGCGGCUGAGCAAGAUCCACCUGGAGAAGUACCCCAACUACAAGUACAAGCCCCGCCCGAAGCGCACCUGCAUCAUCGACGGCAAGAAGCUGCGCAUAGGCGAGUACAAGCAGAUGAUGCGCUCGCGCCGCCAGGAGAUGCGCCAGUUCUUCACCAUGGGGCAGCAGCCGCCAAUCCCCAUCAGCACCAGCGGGGGGGGCGUGGUCUACCCUGGUGCCAUCACCAUGGCAACCGCCACCCCCCCCUCCCCGCAGAUGACGUCGGACUGCUCCAGCGCCUCCGCCAGCCCGGAGCCGGCCGUCCCGGUGAUCCAGAGCGCCUACGGGCUGAAGCUGGAGGCGGGGCCGCUGCCCGGGGGGGGCGGAGCCGUCAACGGCCAGGACGACAUGGACAUGUACGAGGACUACGAGGACGAGCCCAAAUCGGACUACAGCAGCGAGAACGAGGCGCAGGACCCCGUCAGUGCCAACUGA